CGACCACACCCUUCCACAGCGCAGGCGCACCGAAUCUCUUCCCUAAUAUUUCCGGCCAGUACGGCCAGCACUUCUCGUUGUCUCCUACCUUGUCCUGAUACUUCCAACUCGCCAUGUCUGCGUUCUUCACCAAUCUCCUAGGCACCGAAAAGGAUGCGCCGGAGAGCAAGCUCGCACUCCCGCUCACUCCGGACGAGGAAGGGUCCUCUGGCGGGCUUAAUCUCUCGGAGAAGAGUGAGUUCCGGAUAGAGGGGAUGACGUGUGGGGCUUGUGUCGAGUCUAUCGAGAGUGUGCUCCGGAACCAGCCUGGGAUUCAUUCGGUCAAGGUCGCCUUGCUCGCAGAGAGAGCCGUCGUCGAGUAUGACAUCGAGAAGUGGACCGUAGAGAAAAUUGCUGAAGAAAUAUCUGACAUUGGCUUCGACGCUACGCUGAUACCGCCGGCUCGAUCUGAUGUUGCCACACUUCGAAUAUAUGGCAUGACAUGCUCGUCUUGUACUUCGACGGUCGAGACGGAACUGGCCAAGUUACCCGGAAUUAACAGCGUCGCUGUCUCGUUGGCCACGGAAACAUGCAAAGUGGAAUUCGACCGAGGACUUGUCGGACCUAGGGAAAUAGUCGAGCGCAUCGAGGAGCUGGGCUUCGACGCGAUGCUCUCUGACGAACAGGAUGCAACCCAGAUGCAGUCGCUGACGCGCAUGAAGGAAAUCCGAGAGUGGAAGACUCGCUUCUAUUGGAGCGUGUGCUUUGCGGCCCCAGUCUUCUUCAUCAGUAUGAUCUCAAUGCAGAUACCAUGGCUACACGCCUUAUUUAGCACGCGAUUAUACCACGGCAUAUACCUCGGCGACUUCAUCAUCCUUUUACUCACCACCCCGGCACAAUUCUGGAUCGGCGGCAAGUUCUACAACAACGCUUGGAAGGCUCUGAAGCACGGCGGCGCGACAAUGGACGUACUAAUCAUGCUUGGUACCUCUGCGGCAUACUUCUACUCCCUCUUCGCCAUGCUUGCCGCACUCUUCAACACCGACCCGGACUAUUACCCCUUCGUCUUCUUCGAUACCAGCACCAUGCUGAUCAUGUUCGUCUCGCUCGGCCGUUUUCUGGAGAACCGUGCGAAGGGUCGCACAAGCGCUGCACUCACGGACUUGAUGGCGCUCGCUCCAUCCAUGGCUACUAUCUAUACCGACGCACCGGCGUGCACACAGGAGAAGAGGAUUCCCACGGAGCUUGUACAGGCUGGAGACACCGUGAAGUUGGUUCCGGGAGAUAAGAUCCCUGCUGAUGGCACUGUGCUGCGGGGCUCGUCUACGGUUGAUGAGAGCGCCGUCACCGGCGAGCCUUUGCCGGUGCUCAAGCAGCCAGGCGACAGUGUCAUCGGAGGUACCGUCAACGGGUUGGGAACGUUUGAUAUGGUGGUCACGCGGGCGGGCAAGGACACCGCGUUGGCGCAAAUCGUCAAGCUUGUCGAGGAAGCGCAGACGUCCAAGGCACCCAUCCAAGCUUUCGCCGACAAAGUCGCCGGAUACUUCGUCCCCACUGUCAUUUCACUGUCUCUCAUCACCUUCACGGGAUGGAUGAUCAUCUCACAUAUAGUUGGCGAGGACUAUCUUCCUGACAUGUUCCGGCACCACGCCUCCAGACUGGCCGUUUGUCUCCAGCUCUGCAUCUCAGUCGUCGUUGUCGCGUGCCCCUGCGCCCUUGGUCUCAGUACACCGACUGCAAUUAUGGUCGGCACUGGCAUGGGCGCGAAGAAUGGCAUCCUUAUCAAAGGUGGUCGUGCUCUUGAAGCUAGCCGUAGUAUCAAGCACAUCAUGCUGGACAAGACUGGCACAAUCACCGAAGGCAGGAUGACCGUCGCCCAAUGGUCUUGGGCUCACUCCGAGUAUGAAGAAGUCUAUGACGACGCCCGUGCCCAUGUUGAUGGCAGCGCUCCUCUCCCGGACGCACCACUCUCGACGCUCGUGCAGGCCGACCUCACACGCGCAGACAUCAUUGCCCUCGUCUCGGCGACGGAGGCGCGUUCGGAGCACCCACUCGCCAAGGCCGUUGCGGCGUACGGCAAGGAGGUUCUUGGCCGUGCAUCGCUCAACUCGCGCGAGGUCACCUUGGAAACCUUUGAGAGCAUUACAGGUGCAGGUGUCAAGGCCACCGCAACCAUCGCUGACUCCACAGGGAGGUUCACUGUUUUCGUUGGCAACGCACGUUUCGCUUCGCAGUCGGAUGAAGUCCGGCUGCCCGCGGCGCUCUCGACGUUUGAUGCUGUUGAAGAAGAUCAGGGACGCACUGCCAUAUUUGUUUCAAUCGCGACAGCGCCGUCGACGCACCCGACCAUCGUAUGUGCUAUUGCGCUCGCGGACGCGCCCAAGCGGUCAUCGGCACAGGCCAUCAAAGCUCUCGAGGCCAUGGGUGUCGAGGUUAAUAUGAUGACCGGAGACGCGAAGGGCACUGCGUUGGCGAUCGCGAAGCAGGUUGGAAUACGACCCGACCACGUUUGGGCGGGUAUGAGUCCAAAGGGUAAAGCGGCCGUAGUGACGGAGCUCAUGGAGAAAUACGGCGGGGGUGUUGCUAUGGUUGGUGACGGUAUCAACGACUCGCCAGCACUCGUCGCGGCGUCAGUCGGCGUCGCGCUGUCAUCCGGAACCUCGGUCGCAAUCGAGGCUGCUGACAUUGUCCUCGUUCGCUCCGACCUGCUAGAUGUCGUCGCCGCGCUGCACCUCUCGCGUUCCAUCUUCGCGGCCAUCCGGCGGAACCUCGUCUGGGCGUGCGUCUACAACGUUCUCGGCAUCCCGCUCGCGAUGGGUCUCUUCCUGCCUGUCGGCCUGCACCUGCAUCCGAUGAUGGCCGGCGCAGCCAUGGCGUUCUCUUCCGUGAGCGUCGUCACGAGCUCGCUCAUGCUCCGUUUCUGGACGCGUCCGCCGUCAAGUGUUCUUCCCGGCGAGGUGGCUAUGUCGGAGGGGACUCUGCUCGACGCGCUCAAGGCGGCACUCCAUGAACAGUGGGACGGCUUCAGGGACCUGUUUAGAAGACGCAAGGCGGCGGGAUAUACCCAGCUACCUGUGGAAAUGAAUGAAGUCUAGCUUGGUGUACUUGCUGCGUCUUUCGAUGUAUCUCUAUUCCUAUUCUAUCCUGGUCGAGCAUUGCUUGGACCCGAUUCUCAUACUUUCUUGUAAUACUAGUAAUUUUUUCACGUUGGGAUGUCGGUUCCUCUGGCAUGGAGUAUGGUGGACGUAGGCUCAAUUUUUCGAUUGCAACCGUACUUUUUUUCCUGGCUGGUAAGACACGUGCUAGUCAAUCUUCUGUAGAUCUAUCUGUGUUCACGUAUGGUUACGAGUUAUUUAUGGCUGUUAGCUUAUCCCUGGCCUCGAGUAGGAUCAUCAACUACAGUAUGUUAUCGC